GUAAGUGUACGAUUGUGUGUGUGGUCAUGAAAGUGUGUCUGUUCGUUGUUUUGUUCGGGCUGCUCGAUUUUGGCGGUUGUGGCCAGAUGAGAUCCACAUCGUCAAUCAAAUAUUUAACACAACAGAGCAACAAUAACAACAAUAUAACCAUAAAAGUGAUGGUGCAUUUCGACAAAUACCUAACGAAGAAGCUAGUGAAGGAAUACAAAGUGAAAACGCGAAAGAAACUCAAAAUUAUCACGCACAGGAUUCUGGAGGACGCCAGAAAUUACUUCAAACAUCCAAGUUUGAAUCAAACUGUUAACUUCGUAUUAUUGGAUACAAGGUUCCUAAGGGAUAGUAAGAAUUUGAUUGGCGAUGAAAACGCUCGGGAGUAUUUGAAGAACUACUGCGAUUGGCAGGCAAAGAAGAAGGUGGCUGCGAAGACUCAGUACUACUCAGUUUUGCUGACCGGAAUGGAUAUUUUUCAUAUCAAAAAUGGGAAACAUGUUAGGACCAGUUCAGGUCGAAGCUAUACCAGAGGUGCAUGCCAUGUCAAAAAAAGCUGUGCACUAAUAGAAUGGGAUCCGAAGCUUAUUGGAUUUUUGUUUGCUCACGAAAUUGGCCACAGCCUCGGCAUGAGACACGACGGCCCUCCUCACAACCGAUGCAGAGAACAAAACCACAUCAUGGCUACCAGAUACGACCCCCAGCAUCAUCCGCAGACCUGGUCAUCAUGCAGCUUGAAUACUUUGAAGCAGUUCUUGAAUAAUAGCCACCUGUCGUGGUGCGUCAAGAACGAAAACGAGCGUGGGGUUACUUUCAAGUACUUUCAAUAACAACAGUUGGAAUCUGUGAUAACGAUAACUGAUACCUACUUAGUAUUUUUAAAGAUUAGUUGUGAAGACGAUGCAUUUAUAUUUUAUACUUACCUAUAUCGCUGCCUCAGUAACCCAUGAUCUUGCCAUCUCAUUCCUGUCUUAAUGGAGUAUGCUGGUCAGAAAAGCCGUCAUAAGUUACCGUCGAAGCCCUCGGCAACCUGGGCGGUCUACUCGGCUUCUGGAGCGAGAGCGUUCUUAGCUAUAAUCCAAGAAAAUCGGUUCAGCCGUUUGAAAGUUAUCAGCUCUUUUGUAGUUACUGUAACCUUCACUUGUCGGGGGUGUUAUAAAUUUUUUUAUACGGUACCUACUCGUCCCAUCAGCGGAGAACUAUAACCGGCUACGGAAUUCGUGCACCAUUGUGCAAAAAUACUUAUUCGUAAUAUCUAGUCAUGUAAUUAAUAUUCUGUUUCAAUCAUUAAUUAAGUAAACUCUUCUACUUUCAUGCCAUAUUAAUAAGUAUUUUUGUUAUUUAAAUAGAAUUAUGUUUGUAAUGCAAUGUGUAAUUAUUUAAAGUAGGCAAUCAUUCAUUUACACGACUUAGGUGCCUUAAUUACAACUUGCUUAUAAGUAUGUUA